AAUCAGCAAGUAUUUAUUAAAUGUUUACUAUUUGCCAAGGACUAUGCUAAGGACUAAGGAUACAAAGAAAGGUAAAAACAGUUCCUGCCCUCAAAGAGCUCACAUUCUAAUGAGAGCAUGCAAACAACUAUGUAUAUACAAGCUAUAUAUAGGAUAGAUGAAAGACCUGGAUUGAAAACCUGAUGUAGACACAUAUUAGCAGUGUGACCCUGGGCAAGUCAAUCCUUGUCUUUGCUGUAAAAUGAAGAGGUUGGAUCCACUGGUCUCCAAGGUCCCCUCCAGGUUUAAGUCAAUGAUCUUACUUAUUCAUGAGGUGGGUACAGAAGGGUAGAGUUAAUACCCAUCAGAGUUCAAAGCUAAAGAUUUCAGUCUAAGUAUAAGGAACCUAAAUAAAGUAGCAUAGAAUAAACAUUUUGUCUAAAAUAAAGCUACUUCAUAGAACAGUGAUGGUGAACCUAUGGCAUGGGUAGAAAAGAUGGCACUCAGAGUGCUCUCUGUGGGUAUGUAGGCUCUCCCCCAUGAGAAGUUCAUUACUAGAAAGGCUGAGCUGCUCCCUUCCCCCUCUCUAUCAUGACUGAUGACAUUUUUUCACAUCCCCACCCCUCUGUCCAGUAGCCCAAUGGAAGCUCACAGGAAAUGAAGUGGGUGACUCACAGGUGGCUGACCCAGAGGGGAACAGAAUGCUUGAGCCAUUCCCCUUCUUCCCCUCUCUACACUCACUGAGGAUAUUCCUCACUUCACCCACCCCUCUAUCUAGCAGCCCAAUGGGAGCACUUUCUCCCUCCCCUGUGUAGGGUAAAGGGGGGCAUGGCAUGUAUUUUCUGGGGGGUGGGGCCUGACACUCUGCUCUAAAAGGUUUGCCAUCAUUGUAAAAGCUUAGGUACUUUUAUAUUAGGAGCUGGUGUAUUGUUUCUCAACAGGCACCAAAGCCUCUUUGGUGAUAGAUGUGUCAGACCUGCUAAGGUUGGGGCAAUAUAUUGUCCAAAUCUGAGGUUUUUAAAAUAAUAAAGCAUGUUUUCAAGAAGGAUUAAAAUACUCUUCUAACUUUAUGCUCCUUAAAAUCUUAGAAUUUAUAAAAAUAGGAAAUUUUUAUCAACAUGUGAUGGUACACAUUGCUAAUCUUGCAUGAACAAACAGAAGACUAGGUAAAAUAUAUGGGUAUAUAUGGGUAUCAUAAGCAUUUAUCAAUGAAGUAUUUAAGUGCUUAUUAUGUGCUAGAAUAAAAAGAAUAAAGCAAUCCCUAUUCAGUAAGAACUUACAUUACAAAUAGAAACAAAGUAAUAAAAUGUAGUUUGGGAAGGAGGACACUAGUAGCUAUGAGCAUCAGGAAGGACUUCAUGUAGAAGGUAAUGUUUCAACAGUGUCCUGGAGGAAGGGAUUUUUGUGAGGAAGGACUGGAUUCUAAUUGUGAAGGAUGGCCAAUACAGAGGCAGGGAGAUUAGAAAUGGAGUGUAAUGUGUGCAGAAAAGGCAACCAGUUUGGCUGGAUGAAUUACAGGGUGUGGGAAGAAGAAGAAUGAACAGUGGGGCUGGAAUGACAGGUUAGGGCCAGGUUACUUUUAAAAUCUAAACAAAGGACUACAUAUUUUAUUCUAGAUGUGAUAGGGAUCCACAGUGCUGAGGGGUAUGACAUGGCCAGAUCUAUGUCUAAAGAAAAUAAUUUUGGGAGUUGUCAGGAGAAUGGCCUGGAGUAAGGAUAAGAUUUAAAAGAGAGAGGCCAGUUGGGUGGCAAGAGGUAACUGAGGGCUUGAACUAAGGUAGUGGCUAUGUGAACACACAUGGGGCUUGACUUGAAAGAGGCUGUGGAGGUGGAAAAGAAAAAGGUUUGGCAAACUGAUAUGAUUAUGACAGUGAGGAGUCCAGAACAUAAUAAAAGCUCAGGGACCAUUUGCUAUCUCUAAUUAUUCCAGUUUUUUUUUUUUUUGAGGACUCUUGGGCAAGUAAAUAACUAAUGACAAGCCCUUAAGUGUCUGAAGAGGAAAAAGAAGUUCUUAGAACAAGACACUAGGGGAAAAAAACCAAAAAAGAUUCAAUUGUACAGCACAUAAUGUUAGAACGUUUCUCUACUAAGGAUGUACAUAUUUUUUCAACAGAAAAAGAUUAAAAAUAAAUAUGGGUGGGAAGUUUAAGAGGGAGUGAAACAGGAUAAGAUGCUCUGUGUGUGUAUGCUCCCGUGUAAUCAGUCUUAGGGAGUAACUUGGGGCAUCUACAAAAAAUGAACUCAAAACACCUCUAACACCCCUCUUGGGUUGUGAAUAAAUAUAUAAAUACAUUGGAUGAAACUUGCCUGGUGGUGUUUAUUAGCUGUGUGACCUUGGUUUAGGAUUAUUUUACAUAACUCCUGGGUGUUUCUCUGUAAAAUGAAGAUGCUGGAUCUAUUUGGGAUCCCCACCAAAAGAUUUCCUAAUUACAAGUACCAGUUCUGCCUGAGGUAGAAAGAAUCUUAGGAGGUCACCAAAUCCAACCUGGGCAAUAAUGGGGCAUUCACUACACCAACAAUGUGCCCCAUUCCUGGAGUGGGAGAGCUGUAACAGAGGCAGACUUUUGGAACUUGAUGACCCAAGUAAGCCUCAGAGAAAUUCAUAGGGUUUGGGUUGGAGAUUCUUGAGAAACUGAAAACUUACCUCCUUUAGGAAAUCUUCCUAAAUUAAACUCAACUGAUAAUGACCAUUCAUCUUUACUGUGUUCUCUGAAACCCUUGGGAUUCAAUUGUACUAUUUAUUCAGUCUAGUUUUUACACAGCAUUUUUCUCAUGUAUGUAUAUUCUUUCACUUAAAUGACAUUAUAACACUCCUAGAUAACUACUUAUUAGUACUCCAGGACUUCUUAAAGCACAGAAACAUAUUCCCUAUUGGUUAGACCUUGGAAAAAGUGGGAGAGGAAACCAGUCAAAGCAACUGCUAGCAAAGACAACUCUGACAUCGUUCUCUGUCCCAAAGAACAUAGGUUUGAAUUGACAUACAUUAUGGUACUCCAAUUAAUCCCAACAUCAAUCAAGGCUCCUCAGGGUCCACUCGGACCUUUUUAACCCCCCACAAAAAACUCAGCUUCUAGCCCACUUCUUCUGGAACGUCCUCCAGGACUGGCAGGUGAUGUCGUUAUCACAGGGGGUGGGAGAGAGGGGAAAACUUUGGCCAUUACCCCAGUUCGACCUGUCAGCCUCCCCGCCCUCACCCUCAGAAACAGAGAGGGCAACACCCACCCUAAAAAAGUCAGAGGCUGUGCCAAGGCUCGAACCCUGUCCUCUGGAUGCCCAGCUGGAGGUUCUUUCAAUUCCGCUCCAACAAAGCCACGAUCGUCUUUUUCAAAAGAUUUCCCGGCAAAUUGAGGGGGGCAGGCCAAGAGGCCCAAGACAGCCCACUCUCUCCUCCCCAGAGACAACAGUGACGUACUGGAGCAGCGGUGACGACAUACAGUGACGUAAGUUGACGUAGGGGGGCAGGGCGGACGAAUCAGCCACACCCCAGGGGGGGUUCUCCACUCAUCCCGGGGCCGUAGGGCGCCAGGGAGGUCCAGCGGGUAGCAGCCCCACAGCUACCUCUGGGAACGCACAGCUCUGCGCCCGCUGCUCCGGAACCUUAGACGACGCUCGGCUGCUCUGGGCCUCUAGCGGUUGCUAAGUGACGCCAGCGCGCAGCUGGCGCGGGCGCGGGCGCGGCCACGGAGCAGUGCGUGGGAGCGGGCGCGCGCCGCGGCGGCGGCGGCGGCGGCGGCGGCGACGACGACGACGACGAACGCAGCGGCGGGGGUGGCGGCAGCUGUGGUGGUGGCGGCGGCGACCGGGGAGCCCAGUGGUCGAAAGAGGCGGCGGCCGUGGUGGUUGCGUCUCUGGGAAACAUUGUCGGGAUCAGUGAAUACUAUCUAUUCUACAAAAUGAGCAACAACCACCCACUCCGCCCCUACACUGCUGUGGGAGAAAUUGAUCAUGUGCACAUCUUGUCAGAAAAUAUUGGUGCCUUGUUAAAUGGGGAAGAAUAUGGCGAUGUCACAUUUAUAGUGGAAAAGACACGUUUUCCUGCCCACAGAGUGAUUCUAGCUGCCAGGUGCCACUAUUUUCGAGCAUUAUUAUAUGGUGGAAUGCGAGAGUCUCAGCCUGAAGCAGAAAUUCCUCUCCAAGAUACCACUGCAGAGGCAUUUACCAUGUUACUUAAAUACAUCUACACAGGACGUGCAACAUUGACAGAUGAAAAGGAGGAGGUGCUGCUGGACUUCCUAAGCCUGGCUCAUAAAUAUGGAUUCCCUGAACUGGAGGAUUCAACCUCUGACUAUCUCUGCACCAUACUUAACAUUCAGAACGUCUGCAUGACUUUUGAUGUUGCUAGUCUCUACUUGCUUCCAAAGCUCACUUGUAUGUGUUGUAUGUUUAUGGACAGAAAUGCUCAGGAGGUACUUUCCAGUGAAGGUUUCCUUUCUCUUUCUAAGGCAGCACUUCUCAAUAUCGUAUUAAGAGAUUCAUUUGCAGCUCCUGAAAAGGAUAUUUUUCAAGCCUUAUUGAAUUGGUGUAAACACAAUCCUAAAGAAGAUCAUGCUGAAAUCAUGCAGGCAGUUCGUUUGCCCCUGAUGAGCCUCACUGAGCUCCUGAAUGUUGUCAGACCAUCUACAUUGUUGUCUCCUGAUGCCAUCUUGGAUGCAAUUAAAGUGCGCUCAGAGAGUCGGGACAUGGAUCUCAAUUAUCGGGGCAUGCUUAUACCAGAAGAGAACAUUGCAACUAUGAAGCAUGGAGCCCAGGUAGUGAAAGGGGAGCUGAAAUCUGCCUUACUUGAUGGUGAUACACAAAAUUAUGAUUUGGAUCAUGGAUUUUCUAGGCAUCCAAUUGAUGAUGACUGUCGGUCUGGCAUUGAGAUUAAAUUAGGUCAGCCAUCGAUUAUCAAUCAUAUACGCAUACUCCUGUGGGAUCGUGAUAGCCGGUCUUAUUCCUACUACAUUGAAGUGUCCAUGGAUGAACUAGAUUGGAUCAGAGUAAUUGAUCACUCAAAAUACCUCUGUCGUUCUUGGCAAAAGCUGUAUUUUCCUGCCCGAGUUUGCAGGUAUCAAGACCAUAUUUGUAUCAGAGAAGUAAUUUGGUAUGUUCGGAUAGUUGGGACCCACAACACAGUGAACAAAGUUUUCCACCUUGUGGCUUUUGAAUGUAUGUUUACAAACAAAACCUUUACUCUUGAGAAGGGCCUGAUAGUUCCAAUGGACAAUGUUGCAACAAUUGCUGAUUGUGCUAGUGUGAUUGAAGGUGUGAGUCGUAGUCGCAAUGCCUUGUUGAAUGGUGACACCAAGAAUUAUGAUUGGGAUUCUGGAUACACCUGUCACCAACUAGGAAGUGGUGCCAUUGUGGUUCAACUGGCACAGCCAUAUAUGAUUGGGUCAAUACGGAACUCAGAAGUAUCUUUGAAUUGGGAUCAAGAGGGUCUGAAAUGUAAAGCAGGAGCUGAUCUUUCAAAAAGGUUAUUACUUUGGGACUGUGAUGAGCGAAGCUACAGCUACUACAUUGAAGUUUCCACCAAUCAGCAACAGUGGACCAUGGUAGCAGACAAAACCAAACAACCCUGCAAAUCCUGGCAAACUAUAACUUUUGACAAACAGCCUGCAUCCUUCAUCCGAAUAGUUGGAACACAUAACACAGCAAAUGAGGUAUUCCACUGUGUGCACUUCGAAUGUCCAGAGCAGAGCAGCACCCACAAGGAGGAGAGCACGGAGGAAACCCCAGCACCAGCAGGUGGGGCAGCCGUCGGGGCAGCAGUAGGGGCAGCAGCAGCAGCAGCGGGGACCGGAGCAGGAGCGGGAGCGGGAGCUGGAGCAGCCGCUGGAGCUGGAGCAGCCGCUGGAGCUGGAGCAGCAGCUGGAGCUGGAGCAGCAGCUGGAGCAGGAGAAGAGAGCCCCAGGGGGCAGCAGCUGGUCCCUUUCUCACUUCGACCCUCCAGCAACAACUCUAACCAGUCCCUCCCAGGACCCACUUCUCGAUCAUCUGUUCAACCCCAAUAAAAGGAGGAAAAGGGGAGGAGGAUGCAGUGACUUGGUUUGGGCCCAAAUGACACUAGGAAGUCCUUGUCCUUGUUGGGCAGGAAUGAUUGUAUGACUUUUUCCCUAUUGCUGCUGUUUCCAAAGGGGAGCAGGCCUGCCUGGAAAAAAUGGAAAAAGAGCAGGCUUUCUCCCAAGGACAGAAAGGGGGCUGCUUCGCUUGCCUCAAUUUGUUCAAAUCAGACCCGUCUCCAGGGGGAGAAAAUGGGUCUUCAAUCUUCAUCAAGUCCACCAUUAACACCCUACCUCUCUAAUCUAACCCAGGCAAAGGGAACGGAAGGAAAUAAUAGGCAGACCCGUGUUGGAAUACAGAAAUGGCAUAUGAACACUAGACUGGGAAGAGAAUACAUCAGACAUUUAUUACCUGGAGGCACCCUUUAGGAAAUGGGUUUUUGGUGGGAGUGUUUAUUUUUAUGGAACACAUUGCCCUGGCAACUAAAUGAUUUUUAUUUCUUUUAGUUAUUCUCAAUUUGCUGAAUCAUAGGUGUUCCAGAUCUCUUUGAAAAGCUCAGAUGGUAAUUUUUUUUCCAAGUCCCUUUUGAGGCAGUAAUUCCCCUCCCUUAUUUCUGAACAGUUAUGCAUGGGGUAGAGUAGGAAAAUAUCAAGCAUGUCUUUGAAACGAGGCCCAGACGGAGCUGAUUGCAGCACCUGGCCUGACAAGGAGAAGCCUUCAAGGAGGUCUAACAAAAUAUACAAUGAGGAAGUCAGUCUUUGGACACCAUAGUUAAUAAUCACUUGAAUUGCAGAGUUAUUAACCUGUCAUUCCUGAAAUGUAUCUGGAGCAACCAGAAGCUUUUUUUUCAACUUUGGGAUUCUGGCACAUAAACAGCCACAGCGCCUGUUAAUUUACUGGAAAAUAUACAUGUGUGUAUAUCUCUAUCUAUAGCUGUAGGUAGAUGUAUGUAGAUAUGUAUUCUGCUCUGUUUGGUUGAAGUUUCCGCAGGAAUCCUUACAGGUGCAGGGCUUCCUGUCUUUGUCCACAUUCCUGCUAAUGAUGGGCACCAGGAAUACAAAACUGGGAAUUUGAAAUUAAGGUCUGUUUUUUUUUAAGGGAGUUUUUGUGGCCUACAAUACUCAACUGGGGAUUUUAAAAGACUGUUAUCAGAAGCUUUCUUCCUAAUCUUCAUAAAAAAUGAUCUCAUUUGACUAUUGUAGCCUGAUCUGCCUUGGUCUUGUCUCUUACUUGGCAAUUCCCCCUUCAGCAUUAACUAUCCUUUAUAACUUGAUCAGAUUAUUGUCUGCUUUUUGUUUAAAUUGAGAGCUUCCUGCCAUCUUCACGGUCAUAAUCACUUCUCUCUCCAGCCCCAAGUGCUGUUCACUGAGAACUCCAAGUCUGCUCUGGGGGGGGGGCUGGGAAUAGGGGGAAGAGGGUGAGGGCUAAAGAGAGGGAAGUUAGUGCUUUCAGGAAAGCUUAAGAAAACCUGCUGUCUCGUAAAGUAUUGGAUUCAGGAGACAUCAGCGAGGACCCAGCUCAGAAAAAAAAAGUGGGGUUUGCUUUGGUUUGAGUAUUUUUCUCUUUCUGGAAUCUGGAAAACAUAUUGCUUGGAAUAUAGAAAGAUCCAACAGGUCAGCUAAUUAAAUGUGCUUUUUCUUCUGAUUUAGUUUCAUGUUGAGUGAUAUAUCAAUUCUGAAAUAGUAGAAUAGCAUCAAACUACAUCUUAAAUGGAAAGGUUUUCCUUUUCUUUGAACACAGGUCAACACAGAGCAGAGAGAUGCCAAGGCAAGAAGAGGUAGCAUGGAGGGAGAGGAGGAGGAGGAGCAAAGGUAUGAGAGGCUUGAAAGCAGGUCAGAAAUUGGCCUGCAAAGUUGACUUCCAGACACCUAGCUGGGUCACUGCAAGUAGGGAGCUGAUCCUCUUCAGCCCACUCUCUUUCCCCCAGGAUCUGUGGUCUUCACUCUGCCCAUUUUCCCACUCUUUGAAUCAUAGGCAUUCUCACGUCGAUAGUGUUAUUCAAUACGAUGAAUCUCCUUAACAAGUUAUUUUGCCUGGUCCUCCCUGGAGGGGGUGACAGUCUUCUGGGAUUUGGAUGCAACCCCCAGUUGCCAAUUAACGUGAAGAAUUCCUGUCUGCUCAGCACUUUACUGGGCUUCAGAUAGCCCGGGCCUCACAGAGCCAAGCUCCUGGAUGGGGAAACCAAAUUAGCCAGUUUAGGCAUCUUAUAGGUUGGAAUUAAGAAUUUCUGAAAUUGCUGAGGCAAAAGUUUCAUUCUGAACAUUAAAGCAACCUUUAUAGGGAUGAGUACCUAGCUUUGGGCAUCUCCCUUGUUCCUCCCUCUCGGGAAAGAUGGGAAAUAAAGCUAGGAGAAGAAAGGGUCACGGUCCCCCUCCCCCCACAGCACCCCCUCAGCACAACUUCCCAGCCGCACUCACCUGCCCUUCCUUAGCAUUACUGACUAUUUGUGGGAGAAGUUUCCGGCUACCUAUGAAAAUGUCCAAAUUCAAAAUAGAACCUUCUGAACCAGGAGUCAGCCACUGCAGCCGUCUCCCCUUGGGGUGCUGGUCCUGCCCCGCACGCUGACGUUUCACUGGACUCUAGAGAAGCCAUCCAGAGGAUGGAGAGAGCCCGGGUGUCCUCCCUCGCCCCCUCCCCGGCUCGUUGCAGUGGCUAGAACAGCAGGUACUUAGCUAAUGCGGACUACCCAGAUGUGAAAAAGGAAGGGACCCAAUUCCCCUCCGUGGAUGCUCAUCCAUCCUUGGGGGCACGAGAAGGGCAGCGUCAGACCCAGCCCUGGAGACGAGUGACCAGCCUUCUGUUUAGAGAGGCCUAGAGAAAUGUCAGUGAGCCCCCCAGGGCCAGAAGCCACCUUGGAGGAGAACUCAAAGAGCACCAUUUCCAAAUGCAUUAUCCUGAGAAUGCCCAGCGCCCAGAAAAGCGCCUCAGGAAUGAAUUGGCCAAUGCUGACCCUCCCAUGGUCUGUGCCCAUAAUGCUCCAGAGGCAGUAAGAAGGAUCCCGGCCCAGGACCCACUCCAGCCUGGCCCACAGAAGCUGUGAACUCCAACAGGGAGCCCAGAGAAUGCGGGAGGGAGGGAGGGCCUGGGAUGUUUUCGGAGGCAGCACUCUAAAAGAUUGUCCACAGCGGGGGCCAAUCAGAAAAGCACAGAGCGAGGGGGGUUUGGUGCCUUAGCUGGGCAGCAGGCAAGGAGGAGGAAGAGGGUGGCAAGGUCAGGACAUGGAAUCAGUAAGGGGAAACCGAGGCUGACCCUGCUGUAAAGGGGAGCCGGCAUGAGACAUCCACUUCCUGGAAGGAAGGAACGGUUGAAACACUGCGGGGCUUUGAGAGAGGCACGAGACAGGCCUGGGAGAAGGUGUGUGUGCAGGCCCCAGUGCCAGCGGCUGUCGGGACGUCCUGGGCCCUUUGCAGGUCUCGGAGCUGGGAACAAUUUCAUUUGAGGGACGCUGGUUUACCCAUAAGUGGAGGGAAGUUUGUGCCUGGCACGUCAAACUUAAAAAUAGCAAUAAUCACCCAGUCUUUUAUCUGCCCUUUCUGCCAGCCCUGCCCCUCCCUCCUCCCCCUUUAUGCACUGAUUCAUUUCCUUCAUCUGAAUUUUUGCUCAAACCAUUAUGGUAUGGUAUGUGGAAUCCCAUCUAUUUCUCUUAACAAUGUCACUCCCUGCUCUCCCCAGCUCCCUCAAUUAAAGGAACUGCUGAUCCCUAA